GUGUGUGUGUGUAAGAAGGAAGUGAAAGUCCCGGUUUCCCUUUUUUGGCCAAUAAGGACCAGCUCCGCCCCGCGUGCGCCCGCGCGUGCCAACAUUCAGCGCCGCGUCAUCAUGUGAAUGAGAGUUUUAUAGCGGAUGGGAUGAAAUAAUGUGUGCGCGAGUGUGUGUGGGGACUGUGUUUGAGACGCGGCCUCUCCUCUUCCUCUUCCCGGUGACGGUGUGGAGCGCAGAACGUGGACCGGGAGACUUUUAUCACCACCGGGUUCCGGUGAAAGUUUUUGGUCGGUGAGACUUUUUUUGCCGGCGCUCGCGCACAGGCGGUGUACCGGAGACCGGACGCGGUGUCUGCUUUGAGAGUCAGGGUCACGUGAGGCAGUAAGGCGUGUGUGUAAGGUGUGUGCGCUGUGGACCGGUGGGAGGAGGUUCGUCUCCGGGGACGCUUUUGUCCUCCUUUUACCUGUUGGAUGACUGAAAGCUGAUCUACAGACUCGAGCGCACUUCAUCUCACGAGCGCGAGACACCAUGAACCAGCACCGGGAUCAUUCAGGAUCGCGCGCGCGGAAUGGACCUGGCUUAGAUUAUAUAUAAAAAAUAAUUAUUAACGAUAAUAAUAAUACUACUAAUAACUCAUGAUGAUGAUGAUGAAGUUUUCUAUACAAACGAGGAACACUUUUAUGCCUGGGAGCGCGCGCACCGGUAUUAAGGCAGCGUCGGAGUAACUUUGCGGUUAUUUAUUAAUUUUAGUGUUUUGUUGUUAUUUAUUUUCUUAAAUAAAAAAAUGGCUCUGUCUCAAAUACAAUGUCUCGACGACAACCACGUGAACUGGCGCGUGAGCGAGUCCAAGCCGGAGUUCCUCUACAGCGAGGACCAGCGGCUCGCGCUCGAGGCGCUCGUCUCCGGCGGUCGCGAGGCCUUUGACGCGUUUGUGAAAGAACGCGAGCUGCGGCCCUUCCUGUCCGAGCCUGAGCUCGAGCGCCUCUGCCGCACCGUGGAGCAGUACCAGCCCGGGGCCGAGCCCACCAAUCCCGACUCGGCGGUGCUGGGGGAGCCCGCGCUGUCGCUGCAGUACUGGCCCGACCGCUCCGACAUCUCCAUCCCGGACCUGGACCUGGGCUGGCCCGACUGUAACUCGUACCGCGGAGUCACGAGGGUCAACGUGUACAUGCAGCCACCGGUGGACGGCCAGGCGCACAUCAAGGAGGUGGUGAGGAAGACCAUCGCGCAGGCGCAGAAGCUCAUCGGCAUCGUCAUGGACGUUUUCACCGACGUGGACAUCUUCAAGGACCUCCUGGACGCCGGUUUUAAGAGAAAAGUGGCGCUGUACAUCAUCAUCGAGCAAGCGUCCGUUCAGGACUUCCUGCAGAUGUGCGACAGAGCGGGCAUGCACGACGGCCACCUAAAGUAUCUCCGGGUUCGCUGCACCGGAGGCUCCGAGUUCCACACGCGUUCGUCUAAGAAAGUGCAAGGCGUACUGAGCCAGAAGUUCAUGUUCGUGGAUGGAGAUCGCGCAGUCUCAGGAUCUUACAGUUUUACAUGGACAGCUUCACGCUUAGACCGCAACCUCAUCACUGUCCUAACGGGACAGGCAGUGGAGACCUUCGACAAGCAGUUCCGUGAGCUCUACUUAACCUCCCGUGGUGUUAACCUUUCCAAAAUUCAGUUGACUAACCUCCCUGAGCCCGAGCCAGUCCCUGUCCCCGCACCAGUCACUGUGCCAUCAGCAGCUGUCGCCAGGAAACUCAUCAAUCCUAAAUAUUCCUUGGUGGAUACGGCAAGCCGAACCUCAUCGGACAAAGCCCCGAGCCCGAAGGACAGCUCGCAGAAUCCCCUGCCUCGGCUGGUUAAGCGCCAUCGGGAGGUAAUUGAUGAUAUGCCCAAACACCCAGGGCUCAUCGGGUUACCAAAGGCAGAGCUCAUUCGCUACCUGCCCACAUGGCCGGAACCAGACCCACCCAGUGACGUCAUUGGUUUUAUCAACAUUCGGGACACAAGCAAGCCACUGCAGUCGCACUUGAUGCGCUCGCAGCGGUUUGAAACAUCCCAGGCCAUUCGUUUUAAAGACCCUUUUACUGCUCCACCGGAAGAGCCACUGCCUGAAAAGGCAAGUCCACGUGUUCGAGGUACCCACACCUUAAUAACAAAUGCACCAAACCCCCAUGAGGAACCAGUGGCUAAACCAAAUGUUCCCUCGGAGGACAAGUUGUCAACUGCACCCCCGGACACUGUAAAACCUGACAACUCUGUUUUGCUUACUAAACAAAUGCAGCCUCUUCAGGACAAAGCUCAGACAAACGAACUUCCACCGGGACCUCCUGUGCCAAAGCCACGCACCCUUCAGCUGGUAAUGACCCCAGGUGAUGGACCUGAAAAUGUCCAAGUCAGCGUGGUCAGGAGAAGUGAAAUAAAGCCUAAUGAGAAUUCCAGCUCGGGCGAGUAUGGGGAAGCACUUGAGACACCGAAUUCAGCGUCCGCCGAUCAGUACGCAGAUAAAUCUAAAGACAAUGACACGGACAGUAACAGGAGUGCUGAAUUGUCCCACUCGGCACAAGACGAGGGCUCGAUCGCAUCAGACGAGUACUACGAGUGUACAGAAACUGACCACAGCAGGCUUGUUAACGGCUCGGGGCGGCUUGGAGAGCACACCUCUGUAAACAUAAUGGCACGAUUCUCACAAUCCAUGCUGGACCUGAGGCCUGACAGAAGCUCUGAUCUGGAUUCUACAGACAGGAACUUGCUGAACAUACAUAACAGAUACACAGGAAAGGCCUAUCAGCCAAUCGAAAUCACUUCUGUUCGUGAAGCCUACAACGGAGCCAAAGUAGUGAUCGCCAAACCAGGAGCGUACCAUCGCCCUCCGAAAAGUAGCACCCGUGUAAUUGGAGGCCACCGGUACUGGCAGGGCAAACUGGCCACGCUGCAGCUUGAUGCCGCCCGCCCCAGCCGCUCCUUCUGCAAACGGGUCCAGUCCACAGGAUUCAAAACUAGCCAGUCACCAACACAACGUGUCUGCCAAAACCAAUCGCCUUCACCACGCAGGAACGAGACACAGAUGCCUUUAGGAAUUCCUCUUUCAAAACUCUCCAGUCUCCGAAACCUCAAGGGCAGGGCUCCAGGAGUUACGGGUGACAAAAAGCUCGCACACGGACACAAGCAAAGCUAACCCUGUUUAUCUGGGAUAUUUGGGACUGAAACAGCAUCCGCUAAUUUGCAUUAGCAUGCAACUACAACAAACCUUAAAACUUUUCUCAAUCGAACUUGUGUAUUCUGACACCCUGAGGUACUUUGGACCAAUCACAUGGUGUGGGUUGGUGGAUUUCCACAUCUAAUCUCCAAACUGCUUUCAGAACUUCCCCACAUGUGGUACAUUUGGAUCUUGUUUUAAAAAUGGCGGACGUGGAUCAAGGAGAAUGGAGGAACGCUUAAUGGUGGUCUUUUAUCAUAACUGUCACGCUACAAUAUUUUUCUGUUGGAAUGGGUUUGCUAAUGUUUAAAUAGAAGUUUGGAGGAGCGAGGGCUCAACGUGAACAUGGAUUUACAGUUAAAAGCGUAGCAUAACUAAUGACUAAUUCAGGCUGGACAGUCUGAGUCUCACGCACCAUGUGAUGGGAGUCGCUGUGAAAUUAAAUGGUGAUGGAUUUGGGAUUGUGGUGGGUAAACAAGUAUGUUACAAAGCAGUUUUUUGUUUAGAGACAAAAAUCUAACAAAACAAAAACAGUGUUGGAAUCGUAUUCUGUCGUACUGCACAUACGAUCUCUACUUUAUUCUGACCAGAUUUCCUCUUUCGGGGGAUCAGAUUUUCUGACAGAAGAUUUCUUUAAUGGUACUCCUCCUUGGUACAAUGUAUUCUUCUCAGAGCAGGAGACCUUUCCCAGCUGAGGUAUUGUAUCUAGUGAUGUAGAAGAAUGAAUCAAAUAAAAUAUUUUGUGAAUGUUCA